GCUGAUCAAUUGCUUACCUUGAUCCUCGCCCCCUCUCUCUCUCUCUCUCUCCCUAUAUAUAUACGUAUUCAACACGUAAAUACUUAUCUUCGAGUAAUAGCAAUGGAGAACCAGCAGGAAACUCCUGCCGGAGUUGAAACCGACGAGGAAUUUCCUGAUGAGUUUCAGUGUUGCGUUUGUUGGGAUCUCCUCUACAAGCCUGUUGUAUUAGCCUGUGGGCAUAUAUCAUGCUUCUGGUGUGUAUUCAGAAUGAUGAAGCACCUGGUGUCAGUGUCACACUGUCCAGUUUGUCGGCAUCCAUACAAUCAUUUCCCUAGCAUCUGUCAAUUACUUCAUUUCAUGGUUUUGAAGUUGUACCCACAAGCUUAUAAAAGAAGGGAGCAACAAGUGCUAGAGGAAGAAAAGAGAUUAGAAUGGUUCUCACCUCAGCUUGUUAAUUGCUUUAGAUCAGAAUCCAGUAAAGGGUUGAGAAUUUGCAGUCAUCUUCCUCCACAUUCUACCAACUGUUCAUGCAAUAGUAUGGUUUGUUUAGGAUCAUGUUAUAUAGUAGAGGGGGAACCUUCAACAACCAAGGGUUCGGAAAGUACUAUUGUCUUUCAUAUAGAUGCUAAACUGUCCAUUCCUGCAGAACCAAAUAUUGAAGGAACUGAAAAAGUGCCCCCCCAACAGGAUAGUAUGCUGGGAGGAAUAUUGAGUAGGCAAAAAAAUUCCCCGCAGUUGCUUAUCACUGAUUUUCAUUGUGCGGCAUGCAAGGAACUGCUCUAUCGACCUGUAGUUCUUAACUGUGGCCAUGUAUAUUGUGAAGUUUGCAUCAUUAGCCCCACUGAUAGGGUCCCUAGAUGUCAAGUUUGUCAAAGUGCACAUCCAAAUGGGUGCCCAAAAGUUUGUUUGUUGUUGAAGAACUUCUUGGAGGAGCAGUUCCCUGAGCAAUAUGCAUUAAGAAAGGAGAAUGUUCAUGAGCACGCUGAUAGUCAGAAUAGGAGUCCAUCGGCAUGUUCAAUCCAGUCUCUGAAUAAUGCUCCCAUGUUACCGUCAAUAUCUACCAAUCCUUACCAAUCAUGGUUGUCUGGCCGGGGUCCCGAGGUUCAUAUCGGAGUUGGUUGUGAUUAUUGUGGGAUGUAUCCUAUAAUUGGGGAGCGAUACAGAUGCAAAGACUGCAAGGAGAAAUCCGGCUUUGACCUGUGCGAAGGCUGCUAUAAUAGUUCCUCCAAGUUUCCAGGCCGCUUUAAUCAACAGCACACGCCAGAGCACAAACUUGAGAAUGUGCGGCUGCAUCUCGUAGCCAAUGAUGUCUCGAGGCUUGAGACUGAGGAGUAUGAAUCUGAUUCUCCAGAUGAUAUGGAUUUUAGUCCUUUUGCACCCAUUCCAGAAGAGGAUUCAGCAUCCCACAUGUCCUCCGAUGAUACUUCAGAAAAUCAAGAAGAUGCCCUCUCUUCCAUCUAAAGCCCUUUGCAAGUUCUCGAUGUACGGGCCAUAUUUGGAGGCAUCUUGAGAGCUCCAGUCAUUUGUUUGAGGUACCAAGAUUCUUAAUGGUUGGUUUGUAUUCGACAUUUUUGAUGGUUGGUUUCAUAUGUAAAUCCUGUACAGUGAACGUGGUUUGACUCUGCAUUUCUUGUUAUUGACUACAAAGCAUUAGUAAGCUGAUGGCAAGUCUGUCAAAAUCAUUUGCACCAGACUUUCUUAGACUGUACAUUUGUUUUGGAAAAUCUCCAUGUUAUCGAUGUACUUGCAGCUCAUUAGGAAGCUUUUGUUGAA